AUGCGUAUAAACAACACUUUCUCUGCUGGUUUGCCUAUUGUUCAUUCGAAUGCAGAGUUUUCAGCUUUAGUAAACUCAAACACUUUAGCAAACAUAAACUUAACCUUAGUUGACGCAAACUUUGUUCCUGUAAAACUUUUAUGUCCUAUGUAUUUGUCAAUGACGGCAGAAAGUUUCGAAUUGGAAGAUGCAACUGGUGAAAGUAUUGUAUUACAAGAACAACUUCAACAACAAAUAGCUCAAGAACAACAAAUGGAACAAAUGCAACAAAUAGCUCAAGAACAACAAAUAGCUCAAGAAUAA